GGGGGAGGGGGGUGACGUGGUGACGUUAAUUCUAUAUGAGCGCGAGCGGCGGGAGCUCGGGUCUUUUUACCGCCAGCCGCGCGGCGCCUCCGCCUCGCUCCUGAGUCACCGCCGGUCCCGGCCCGCGCAGGGUUCGAAAUCUGAGAAUGGCAGACAUCGACAACAAAGAACAGUCUGAACUCGAUCAGCAAGAUAUGGAAGAUGUUGAAGAUGUGGAAGAAGAAGAAACUGGUGAAGAUGCCAACAGCAAAGCUCGGCAGUUGACUGUGCAGAUGAUGCAAAAUCCUCAGAUUCUUGCAGCUCUUCAGGAAAGACUUGAUGGUCUGGUAGGAACAUCUACAGGAUAUAUAGAGAGCUUGCCUAAAGUUGUUAAAAGACGUGUGAAUGCUCUCAAGAAUCUUCAAGUUCAGUGUGCACAGAUAGAAGCAAAGUUCUAUGAGGAAGUUCAUGAGCUGGAAAGAAAAUAUGCUGCUCUCUAUCAGCCCUUAUUUGACAAGCGAAGUGAGAUCAUCAAUGCAAUCUAUGAACCUACAGAGGAAGAAUGUGAAUGGAAAGCAGAUGCUGAAGAAGAAAUUUCAGAGGAAAUGAAAGAGAAAGCCAAGCUUGAAGAAGAAAAAAAAGAUGAAGAAAAGGAAGACCCUAAAGGAAUUCCUGAAUUUUGGCUGACAGUAUUUAAGAACGUGGACUUGCUCAGUGAUAUGGUUCAGGAACAUGAUGAACCUAUCCUGAAACACUUAAAAGAUAUAAAAGUGAAGUUCUCAGAAGCUGGACAGCCUAUGAGUUUCACAUUAGAAUUUCACUUUGAACCAAAUGACUACUUCACAAAUGAAGUGUUGACGAAGACGUAUAGAAUGAGAUCAGAGCCAGAUGAUUCUGAUCCCUUUUCCUUUGAUGGACCAGAAAUCAUGGGUUGUACAGGCUGCCAAAUAGACUGGAAAAAAGGCAAGAAUGUUACUUUGAAAACAAUUAAAAAGAAGCAGAAACACAAGGGUCGUGGAACAGUUAGAACAGUGACAAAAACUGUUUCCAAUGACUCCUUCUUUAACUUCUUUAGUCCUCCUGAAGUUCCUGAAAGUGGAGACCUGGAUGAUGAUGCUGAGGCAAUCCUUGCUGCAGACUUUGAGAUAGGUCAUUUCUUACGUGAACGUAUUGUCCCCCGAUCAGUAUUGUACUUCACAGGAGAAGCUAUUGAAGAUGAUGAUGAUGAUUAUGAUGAAGAGGGUGAAGAAGCAGAUGAUGAGGAGGGGGAAGAAGAAGCAGAUGAAGAAAAUGAUCCUGAUUUUGACCCAAAAAAGGAUCAAAACCCAGCAGAAUGCAAGCAGCAGUGAAGCAGUGUGUAUGUGGCCUUGAGGAUUACCUGCACUGUAAUAGCCUAAACACAACUAUUAGUUACUUACAGCCUUAUGUUUUGUAUCUUGGUAGAAUUAAGUAACCAAUUUGUUAAAAAAUGGAAUCAAACACAUAAGAACCAGUUUAAAAUGUAGGUUCAAUCUACCUAACAUUUUAACAGUAUAAUUUUCUGCCAAUAUGUAGAAUGCAGUAAAUCCCCUAAAGCAUGAAUGUUAAUUCAUUGCUACAUAGUUUGGUUCUUGUGAAGUCUUUGUCAUGUAGCUAUUAGACUGCAGCUGUGAAGAUUAUCAGAACUGUUAACUGAGACCAAUAUUUGUUUAGAGAAAGCUCUCUCCUGAAGAACCAACCAAAGUAUUUUUUCAGCCCAGUAGUCUGAACGGGUUUAAGUCUGCUUGCACUAGCUGUGCCUUCAUUACUUUGUUAUAGAAAUGGCAGUGACUUGUACUAACUAGGAGAUGAUGAUGCGUUUUGAAUUUGACUACUUGAGAAGACUAGUAUAACUUGUUUAAUUUCCAAUGAGACCACAUUAAACAUUCAUACCUGUCAGCUUGUUUAUGCUAUGGGUUUUGUAUUUUAUGUGACAUAGUGAUCUACAAAAGAAACCUAGCCAUCAUAUUAAGGUUAUUGUUUACCACGGGGUGUGAAUAAAACCUAGUAUUUUCAGAAGCUAGUCUUGUUUUAUUAUGGUGUGUUUUGCAUGUGUAAACUGAUAAGGCGUAUCUCAUGCUGCAGUUAGUUCACUGUGCUAAAACUGAAAUUGGGAAUUAUUGAAAAGUUCUACAGCAUCUUAAAAACAGUAGUUUGGAUAGAUAUUGAUCCAUAUUUUUUACUUGCAGUGUGAUACCUGUGAAUCUGAUCUACAUGUUUCAGUGGUUGGUCAACACUGCCAUUUAGAGAAGACAAUUGUUCUUAGAAGUGGGGCUAGAUCUAAUGAAGGACUUGGAUAUUGCCAUGCCUGAUUCUAAUAGAGAAUUGGAAUAUUGGCAUGAAAUCUGGAGUGAAGAAAGUAGUGUGGAUUUCCAGCCUGCGUAGACAGAGCUAUGUUGUCCUGAACAAAAUCUACUUUGUAACCUAACAGACUGCUAGAACAUCUGGCUGUAUUCUAAUUUGAACUUGGUGUUAAACAUCUACAGAGGAGGAACCAGACCCCAAGGAGUUCUUCCUUCCUCACCUAAUGUUCUGUUCACUUUGUUUGCAUGAUUUGAUUCAUUUGUUGUCUAUCCUGGAUGCUCUCUGUCAGCUGAACCAUGUGCUAGACCUGUCUUAUUAGUUUUGUCUCUAUGUGUUCUCAGUGUGAAUUUAAAUGCAUUCAGAUUGAGGAGAUUAUUAACUGAUAUCUUUCAUGCAAGUUAUUCCAGUCUAAAGGACACUCAUGUACUCUAGAUUCUUGUUCAUUACGUAGCUGUAGAAGUUCUGACUUAAACAAGUAUGCAGAUAACUUUUUGAAGAAUGGGAAGGUCCUCAGGACAGUGAAGUGUCCAGCUAGCUGUGGAUGUGUUUCUGCAGUAGCUACUCUUUGCCACUAAUAUAAUGAGGUAGGCAUAAAGAGUUAAGGGACUGAGAAGAGCAGGGUGAGCAAGAAGCAAACUGCUAUGUCAGGAUGAAGUUGUGGAGGCCAUGUUAAUCUUGCAAGUUUCUUGCUUAGAGGAUAGGUAAUAUGUAAUGAAGCUUAUCUCAAGUGCUCUUCUUAAUCCUCAGCCCCUUUGAAAGGAGGAUGGUCUAGUGUGCUCAAAACUGUUAUUUUAUUUUAUUCCUUGGUGUCUUGAAUACUAUGGUGAUUAAUUACAGAAUCCUUGUCAGAUGUCAUCUUUCUCCUCACCAGAUACCUAUGGGAAAAGGAACCCUUGUUAUCUGUAGCUGUAUAGAAAACAAAUGCGAAAGCUGUGCUUUUAGAUGUUUUUCUGAUAACCUAUACAUCAUAGCAUAGGAAAAUAUAAUAAUAGGAGGCGAACAACAGUAUCUCUAGUUGUUGUGUCUUAAAGUAGAUGUGGUUGUGGUCUUGUGAUAACAUUAGUCCUGAUAGAAUGUGCUUAUCCUUUGAGACACUGGUGCUGCCAGGUGUUUCACUUGGCUAUCUUUGUCUCUUUGAAUGUCUCCCAGGAUCAAGUGAAAACCAACUACUGGUUGUUUCAGCUUGAACUUCAGGGUAGGCAGAGACCAAACUGAUAUUUAGCAGUUACUAAGGAAGGGCUUUGGGAUUCAUACUUCUAGACCAAAGUAUCUAAAGUCCUUACUUAAAUCCAGCCCAUUUUUCUAACAGUAUCUGGCAACAGUCUCCCAGGUGGAGAAAGUGCUGUAGGAAGUCCUCCAGCACACUUCAAGCUGUUGUUCAUAUGAAAUGUGGCUUGUAUUUAAAUUGUUUUCUUAUUUGAUAUCUUAUGCAAUAUGAUACAGUAUUUGGAAAGAGGAGUUGUUAAAUGUUAAGGAUCAUCCAUGGAUUGCAAAAUCCAGAACUAUGAAUGCGUGUCUGUGGGCAGAUUCUGGUAAGCUGUCUCUAGACUGGCUAGCUAGUGCUUGGGCUCAAGUUGAGGUGCCAGUCCCUGAGGUAUUGGUUUGUUAACUGUGUUGAUGCUUCACACAGUUUCAUGAUCAACAACACUCCUCUUGAGCAGUUCUGAAAGGCAAUAUGGAGCAGGAACGUUAAACUUUCUGCAAUGAUUGUGACUCGUUCUUGUCACUUCCUGUGGAUUUAUACCAGCUGUAGAGAAUCUAUUUAUUUAGUAUUUCAGGAAUUACCUUGUUACCUAACUAUUUCAGGUUAGGAAAAUGUGUCACCAGAAACUGAAUUUCUUGAUGAGUUGUUGCAAUAGUACACUAGAACUUCAAUGAGGGUUUUCUGUCUAGUUCUAAUCGCUAAGCAAGCUGCUGCUCGUUGUUUCUAUACUUCUGGCAACUGUAAGUUACUCUGAAGGAUCUGACUUUUCUUACUGAACUUUUCUAUAACUAGCAUGAUAAGCUUAGAUUUCUUAAUUGGAUUAUUGGAACCAGUGUUUCCCAAGCUAUAUAGCAAGUAGCUUAACUUUUUAAGGUUUUAAUUGCUAAGUGAAAAAAACACAACAGAAUGUAAGAAACUGCAGGAGUGUAACAUAUUCAUCUUUGCCUUCAAGCUGAUAUUUAAACUUCCUCUCUGUUGAGUCCCAUUGUUGUAGACUUUGUUCAUCAAUUAGUAGAGCAUGAGAGCUAAUCAUCAGUUUGUAUGUCUAACGGUAAUUUUUCUAUUCAGAAAUGUCUGUGCAGUGGUUGUUUCUCAGAUACCUUGUGUUAGAUGGGAGAACUGCACUGUGUUCUUCUCAGUGACAAAAAUGCUGUACUUGGUAUGCAUUGGGCAGUCUGAUAAUUAAGGCAUUUCUUUAUAUGAUGGCUUUGAUGGCCAGCUGGUUGGAGCUUGAGCUGUGCAUGUUUCUGAGGAGAUGGAUUUAGUUCUACAGCAGUUCCUGCUUCAUUCUGUGCUAACGUAGCUACUUUCAGUUAGGGUACAACCCUGUCAAAAUCUUUUCUUGUACAGGCUAGUUAAAUGUUUGCCACUCACCCAGCCUUUGCUUUCACUUCUGAACUGCUCAGUUCUGUUCAUGAUGCACAGAUUCUCAAACUUUGAAGAAGACGUCAAAGUAGUGACUUCUACUUUCUAAUGCUUACCCAAAGCAAAUAAAUCCAUUUGUUAGAGUGGGAAGUCCCACUUUUGUGCCCUCUCAGAUCAAGAAUUGGAAGCUUGUCUGCAUAACCGAGUGAAGUGAUAGUUCCACAUUCGUCACUUAUUAAAUGUUCUGUUGGACAUGUUAGCCUUCUGCAUCCUUCAGCUCUGGCAGGAAAACUAGAACAAGCAGCGCAGGGCAGCAUGGAGCACACCAAGCAAAAGAUAAAGCUGCUCUGCAUUUGCAUCUCCUUAUGUACACUACAAGUGGGUGUGCAUAGAGUGUGAGGGUUUGGCAGAAGAGCUUUUUUGUUUUAAUAAAUAUCUAACCUAAAUACCUAAAUACGGUGUGCUGAGAUGGGAAGAGUGGUCUCUUCUGCUUCCUCCUUUAUUUAGCUGUUGUUUGAAGUACUUUUUUAUGUUCAAGUAAGUGUUGCAACUUUACACCCAAGCUUGAUGUUUAAUCCUAGUGUUAAUGAAAAGCAGACUUUGUUCUAAAUGCACGGCACAUUUUACCCAGUGCUAGGUGCUCAAAUCUGAGACUCUUCAUGUCACUUAAACCUCUUACAAUCUGGUUUUGCUCUCUAAUAUGUGUUUUACCACUUUGUGACAUGUUUGGAAGUCAGCUGACUGUGGAUUGGAAGGGGCUCUGGAAAAGUCAGGCCUGAGCAGCUGCAGUGCUGGUGAUCUGUGUCUAGAUACUGCUAUGGGUUGUAAGGAAUGUGAAGGCCUGAGGCAAUACAGUGAAUAGUUUUGGUCAAUAUUUUAUCAGUUUGUGAACUCUGUAAGGCGUGCACAGGUAUCAGUGAGAUGGAAUUCGUAAGAGAUUGCCACCAGAUUCCACACUCAGUGCUCCAAGUGUUCUGUUAGCAGGAAGUUCCUGGAAGAUAACUUGGAGAUGGUAAAGGUCAGAAAAAAAGCUCCCAAGUAACCACUUAUUGUCUAAUCGUUUUAGUGGCAUACUGCUACACUUCAUCUGUCACGUGUUUCUCAACAGUAGGCUAUUCUGUCUUCCUUCCAUUUAGCAGUGUCUGGCUCAUGCUGCUUUUAGGUUUCCCUUUUUGCUGCUGUAGCUAUUUACUUCUGUGUAAUAGAAGGAAUGAUGUUGAGGGUUAUCGCUCCAUGUGCAUUUCACAUCCUUCUAAAAUUAAGAGUUGAUAGUUGAUACAGUGCUGCUGCUCUCUGCAGUUCUGUUAUCCAGGAGAACACUAAAAUUACAGGCUGCUUAGUCUUUCACAGUGACUUCCCAAAACAGUUUUUAUCUUGCCUGAGGGUUAAAAAAAAACAAAACCAACACAGCACCAUGCUUUAAAGAAUAA